GUCUCAUCUUUCCACUAUCGCAAUUAGGCUAACCAUCAACAAUAUAAUUGCAUCUGACAAAAGUGAUUGAGAUGAGUUCACCACUUCGACCUAGCAUGUCGGCGGCAAACAGACGACCAGACCAUGCCAGCAGGCGGAAGCGCGUCAGAGAUGACGAGGACGACAUCAUGUCAUCUUCACCAGCACCAGCGCUGCCCUCUUCUCCCCCUUUAUUACCCACCAACGAAAAUGAUGACAUGGACGACGAUGACCUUGACCCUGAGGACGACCUUAUUGGAGAUAUUGACGAUGCCGACGAGAUGGCAGAAGACGAAGAUGGCAUCGACCUCUUUGGCGAUAAUUUCAUGCAAGACGAGCGAGAAAGGCGAGAGCAAGAAACAUAUCAGGGGCGAAUGAUUGACGACGAUGGCGAAUACGACGAGCUAGAUCCAGCUGCGAGGCGCCAGCUCGAAGCUCGUCUUAACAAGCGCGACAGAGAACUGGCCCGUCGCCGCCGGAUGCCCGCAGCCUUCAUGCCCGAUGAUGACGAAGAUGCCGGCAUUGACCUGACCAAACAACCCCGGAGACGCCGACAUCAUUAUGAUGAAGACGAAGACAUGGAUUUGGACGAAAACAUUAUGGAGGAAGAACUUUCUCUUGACACCCUGCAGGACGUCAAAGCCGCAAACAUCACUGAAUGGGUCACCUUGCCCUCGGUCAUGAAGACCAUUGCUCGCGAAUUCAAAUCCUUCCUCACCGAGUACAUCGACGCGACAGGCACAUCCGUCUAUGGUACCAGAAUUCGAACAUUGGGUGAGGUCAACUCAGAGUCUCUUGAGGUCUCAUACGAUCAUCUGUCGUCCACCAAAGCCAUCCUUGCUUACUUCUUGGCCAACGCCCCGACUGAAAUGCUCAAGAUCUUCGACAAGGCCGCUUUCGAAGUUGUUCGCCUUCACUAUCCCAACUACGAGCUGAUCCAUCCAGAGAUUCAUGUCAGAAUUUCUGAUCUCCCAGUUCACUACACUUUGCGACAACUUAGACAAUCACACUUGAAUUGCCUCGUUCGAGUUUCCGGUGUUGUCACUCGACGGACCGGUGUCUUCCCACAGCUGCAGAUGGUCAAAUUCACCUGUCAAAAAUGUGGUGUCACGCUUGGUCCAUUCGCUCAGGAGUCGACAUCAGCAGAGGUCAAGCUGACCUUCUGCCAAUUUUGCCAAUCUCGAGGUCCAUUCGCGCUAAAUAGCGAGAAAACGGUGUACCGCAACUACCAAAAAUUGACCCUGCAGGAGUCUCCAGGAACCGUGCCCGCUGGUCGAUUGCCUCGUCAUCGAGAAGUGGUGCUGUUGGCCGAUUUGAUCGACAAGGCCAAACCCGGCGAGGAGAUUGAGGUCACUGCCAUCUACCGCAACAACUACAGCGGCCAGCUCAACAACAAGAACGGCUUCCCUGUGUUUGCAACCAUGCUCGAAGCAAACCAUAUUAUCAAGACCCAUGACCAACUUGCCGGUUUCAGACUUACAGAUGAAGACGAGAGAAAAAUUCGAGCACUUUCAAAAGAUCCCAAGAUUGUGGACAAGAUCAUCAAGUCAAUUGCUCCUUCAAUCUACGGACACUCCGAUGUCAAGACUGCCGUUGCUCUCUCGCUCUUCGGAGGAGUCAGCAAAGAAGCACAAGGAAAGCACAAGAUCCGUGGAGAUAUCAAUGUUCUUCUACUUGGUGACCCUGGUACCGCAAAGUCGCAGGUAUUGAAGUAUGUUGAAAAGACUGCUCACCGAGCGGUCUUUGCUACGGGUCAAGGUGCGUCAGCUGUUGGUUUAACUGCUUCGGUUCGAAGAGAUCCUUUGACGGCCGAAUGGACUCUAGAGGGUGGUGCUUUGGUUCUGGCAGAUCGAGGCACUUGUCUUAUCGACGAAUUCGACAAGAUGAACGACCAGGACCGGACAUCGAUCCACGAAGCCAUGGAACAGCAAACUAUCUCCAUCAGCAAAGCGGGCAUUGUCACAACACUCCAAGCGCGAUGUGCCAUUGUCGCCGCGGCCAAUCCUAUCGGAGGGCGAUACAACAGCACAAUCCCCUUCAGCCAGAACGUCGAGUUGACAGAACCCAUUUUGUCUCGUUUCGACAUCCUUUGCGUGGUGAGAGACACCGCCGACCCUAGCGAGGAUGAACGUCUUGCCAAGUUCGUGGUCAGCAGCCACGGACGAGCGCAUCCAUCCAAGUUGGCCGUCGAUGCAGGCGACGUCGCGGCCAUGGACGACGAUGAAGGGGACUUGGUAAACAACGGUGAACCGGAGCAAGAGGAUGCAAUCCCACAAGAGCUUCUACGAAAGUAUAUUCUAUACGCUCGGGAGAUGUGCAGCCCCAAACUGUACCAGAUUGAUCAAGACAAGGUCGCCCGACUAUUUGCCGACAUGCGCCGAGAAUCCCUUGCGACAGGUGCAUAUCCCAUUACCGUUCGUCAUCUUGAAGCAAUCAUGAGAAUGGCAGAGGCUUUUUGCAAGAUGCGAUUAUCCGACUAUUGCACUUCUGCAGAUAUUGAUCGAGCCAUUGCUGUCACAGUGGACUCAUUUGUGGGCAGUCAGAAGCUCAGCUGCAAGAAAGCUCUGGCCAGGACGUUCGCCAAAUAUACACUGAAGCGACCAGAUCGCCAGCGAACCCGCCCAUCCAAUGGAGCUCAGGCAUGAGAGAUCACUGGGUAAUGAUCUCAAUGAGGAGGCUACAUUGGGAGUUUGAUGAAGUUAUGAUUUGUAGAGAUCUUGCUAGGUCAGGGUAUUCAGGGAAUGGAUGCACGCUUUGCGCAUAUCAACUGUACAAAUACAAACAAAGUCCAAG